AUGCUAUCGAUGGUUGAGAUUCAGCUUCGAGACGGCGCCAUUUGCGCCUUGAAGCACGGCGACAUUAUUCGCGCCCGUGGCGUCCGAUAUGCUCAGGCUGCCCGUUUCCAAGCCCCGCAAUCUGUCCAGCCAUGGACGGGCAUCGCUGAUUGUACAAGGCCGGCAUCGAUAUGCCCUCAGCUGCCCUCCCGCCUCGAGGAUCUCAAUGGCAACAUCACCGCCGGGCACGCCAUGGAUGAAGACUGUCUGCAUGUCAGCAUAUGUGCGCCUUGGAGGGAGGACAUGACAGCGUUGCUGCCCGUCGUCGUCUUCAUUCACGGAGGAGGAUAUACGUCGGGCGGUGGUGAUCUCGAUGUCUACAGCGGUGUCGAGUUGGCGGCUGCUGGUGUCGUCCACGUCAGCAUCACAUACCGGCUCGGCAUCCUGGGCUAUCAGCCAGUGGAAGGCGUGGCGCCGGCCAAUCUGGGGUUGCUCGAUCAAAUGGCCGCCCUGCGCUGGAUUCGCGACAACAUCAGUAGCUUUGGUGGCGAUGCCGAAAAGCUGACUCUUUCCGGCAGCUCGGCCGGAGGAGACUCCAUCUACUGCCUCUUUGCCGCCGAUGGGGCUGAGGGCUUGUUCCAGCGCGCGAUUCUGAUGAGCACACCUCUGGGUGUUCGGCACAUGGAUCGACGCUCCAUGGACACAGCACUGGAAAGGACCGCGAAAGCUUCGCUUGGACAGAACCCGGCUGACAUGCCACUGGAGGAGCUCUUUGAGGUGCAGAAGAAGCUGGCGAUAGAGGCACGUGGCUUUACGGCCUUGGGAUUGCCGUUUGCGCCCAUGCUAGGACAUGCGCCGCUUCCCAGCAGCAAAGCGGAAUUCGACGCUCGUGUGCAGCGCGCCCUGGAGCGAAUCCCGAUAUUUGUCGGUUACUGCCGUGACGAGGGCGUCGCAUUCCAAGGCUUGUUUGGCGGCAUGAGUCCCGACUUACAGCCAGCUCUUACGACAAGUGUCGUCGACUUUAUCAGCAAGUCGUGGUUCCAGGACGACUCGGAUAAGCUGUGGGAGCAAGCGCGCGCCGCGGGUGGCAAUCCUUGGUUCUACGAGCUCGUGGCUGCGCCGGACGGAAGCCCGUUUGGAGCCACGCAUACUCUCGAGGUCCCUUUUCUCCUGGGUGGCUGGGACGCGUGGAAGAAUGCGCCGAUGCUCGAGGGGGGAAAUGCACAAGAGUUGGUGAAUAAUGUUGGGGCGGCAGUCAAGCGGCUUUGGGUCGCUUUUGCCUGUUGUGAGGACGUAGGCCAAAGUAGGUUCACGAUUGAUGAACGAUUCCAGGGUUGGAUGGGCGUAUCUGAGCGCAAUGCUGUGCCAUCACCCGUCUAG